AACUAAAAGCUCCCAACUUUGCUCAACAAUAGCAACAACAAGCAAAGCAAAUUGGGAUAAAUUUAUUCCUUUAUCUCUCCAAACGCCCUUACAACUUGCCAAUUUUAGGAUAACAAUUUGAUUCCCCCUUUUACCUUUGUUGUUACAACUCAUAACCACUUUCCUUGAAUCGAUCAGUGUAUGCAAAAUCUAGCCUUGGAUACAUUUAGAGGGUAUUUUGAUGGGGUUUGCACUGUUAGGUACCUCGGGUUCUUAUGUUUCAGUGAGAGGUUCCCGUCACUGGAAUCCCAAGUUUCAAUCUUUCACUUUGAAAGAGAGGUUUGUUGUUGGCUUCAACCUGGUUAAGAAUUCCAGGGCUUAUAAUAAACUUGCAAGACUUCCACUUUGCAAGAGUGAGUUUGUUGACUUUGAAGAAAGAACUAGCCCAAAUGAGGUCAGAAAAGAGAUAGAGCAAUGCUAUGAACUCAUACACAGACUUGGGAGGGGAGUUGUGUACUUGGGUUCGUCGAGGAUGGGACCUGACCAUCCACAUUACUCGCAAACGCAGGAGCUUGCUAGAGAGAUAGCUAACCUUUUGGAGUGUACAACGUGGACGGGGGCUGGUCCUGGCCUCAUUGAUGCUGCUAUUAAGGGUGCUCAGGAAGUAGGAAAGGCGGUCGGUGGGUUUAAGAUAGGUAAGGAAGCUGGAGAAUGGACGUCCUCAAAUUUUCAUCCAUACCUGCCCUCGGAAACUUAUCUUACAUGCAGGUUUUUCUCUGCUAGAAAGCAUGGGUUGGUUGAUGCUGCAGUUCGGAGUUCGAACUCUGAUAAGACAGCUGUAGUUGCUCUCCCCGGUGGGGUUGGUACUCUUGAUGAGAUGUUUGAGAUUUUGGCAUUGAUUCAGCUUGAAAGGAUUGGAUCAGAGCUUCCAGUUCCCUUCAUAGUAAUGAACUACGACUCAUUUUAUGCAAAACUGUUGGACUUUCUUGAUAAUUGUGAGCACUGGGGUACAGUUUCGAAGGGAGAGAUUUCGUCAUUGUGGAAGAUCUGUAACACUAAUUCUGAUGCUUUGGCUUACUUGGCAGAGUUUUAUGAUCUGCCCCAUCCCGAUAAAGGAAAGCAUGAAACAGAAAUGAGAAGCACACGGUAACUCUGACAAACUUCUCCCGUAUGUGAGACACAAAUUUCUCAGACAUGAACUAAUAAUACAUUGAUUUGUGAAUCUGUCCAUGUUAUUUUUCAGAUUUCUACAAUGAAUUGUGAGAAUCAAUAGAUCAUGCCAUUUCUGGAAAAAUAAGAAAUUAAAGCUUGUAGUUGGUUGAUUC